AUGCCAACACCAAUACCUUUAACAAAAGCUAAAAAUCCACCGCCACUGCCACUCAACAUUAAAUCCAUCAAUCCAUCUCAUCAUUCAACAUCGGCGACACAACGCACGACUAUGACGGCGCCGCAUCAGCAAUCGUCACAACAACACAGUGCCGCAGCAACAACAACUAGAACACAUACACCACACACGCCACAAACUACGCAGCCGUCAAUGGGGGCGACAGCAUCACAUGCGACGAGCGUCAAGUACACGAAAAGUCCAACACAACAGCAGCAGCAUCAGCAACAACACCAGCGUACAACGCCAACAUCGGCAGCGCAUGCGACCACAACAACACCUACAAAAAGUACACAUCAACAACAGCAACAACAAAGACUGACACCAGGCGAUCGCACGAGAGCGGCCAGCACAAAAACAACAACACCAACAGCAUCGGCGCCGACAUCUCGGGAGCACACACCAACACGCAGCACACAAUCACAAUUACAGUCACAGUCACAGUCACAGUCACAGUCACAAUCGCAAUUACAACAACAUCAACUUCAGCGUCAAUCAUCAACAAAACGUCACCAAACAUCACACACAACACAACAAAAAUCACAACAACAACAACAAUCGCACGAGCAGAGACGCGAUCUCGAUCGAAAAGACUCGCAACGCGAGCGUGAUCGCGCGAAAGAGCGUGAGCAUGAACGCCAGCGAGAGCGUGAAGAUAAUCGCGAGCGCGAUCGCGAUCGUGAUCGUGCACGUGAAAUGGAGCGCGAACGUGAGUAUGCUUACGAGCGAUCGCGUGAUUACCAAAGCGAGCGCGAGUAUGCACGCGAGCGUGAGUAUGCUGCACGAGAUCGUGAAUAUGAGCGUGAAUGCGAACGCGAACGGGAGCGUGAGAUGUCACGUGACGCACGCCAAUGCGACUAUGAACGUGAACGUGAUUACGCACGCGAACGUGACUAUGAGCGAGAACGCGACUCUGAGCAUGAACACCCACCGCCAUCAGCACACACACAACAUCAACACCAACAUUAUUUAACUUGUUUUGGUAAUGGUAUGGAUAAUUCAGGUCGGCGUAACCGCAUGGGUUGA